AUGAGUGAACAAAUGGCUCGGCUGCAGGGUUGUAGCAUUUUGGUGCUCGACGAUAGUGACAAGCUGGUCGGCAAAUACGACCACAAGGUGACUGUGCUGUGCAGCUACGAUCCACAGGGCAUGGCGGUGCGGUUGCUGCAGGAGAGUACUACGCCACCGAAGCAGCUGGAGGAGUACCUGGUGAGUGGUUCCAGCACGACCCAUCUUAGCCGGGGCCACACGUCACAUAUGCUGCUCGUCGGUGGCGAACUGAUCCUGUUCCGGUUUGCUUCCCGGGCCGACUGUCAGCAGUUCCGUGGCCUACUGCACAAACUGUCCGGCAAAGUGAACUCAGUAUUUAAUCUCCGCACGGAGGAUUCGUCGGCGUCGCAGUAUUUCCAGUUCUAUGGCUACCUGUCGCAGCAGCAGAACAUGAUGCAGGACUUUGUGCGGACGAGCACGUACCAGCGGGCCAUCUACAACAAUGCGCAAGACUUUCAGAACAAGGUCGUGCUGGAUGUUGGCGCAGGGUCCGGUAUUCUUUCCUUCUUUGCCGUCCAGGCCGGUGCUGCAAAGGUGUACGCGGUGGAGGCAAGCAAUAUGGCACAGUACGCGCAGCAGCUGGUCAGCUCGAACAAUCUCAACGAUAAGAUAAUCGUGAUCGCCGGCAAGAUAGAGGAGAUCGAACUGCCCGAACGGGUGGACGUUAUCAUAUCCGAGCCGAUGGGUUACAUGCUGUACAACGAGCGCAUGCUGGAAACGUAUCUGCAUGGGAAAAAGUGGCUCAAACCGGACGGUAAAAUGUACCCGUCUAGGGGCGAUCUGCAUGUCGCCCCGUUCACGGACGAAGCGCUGUACAUGGAGCAGUACAAUAAGGCGAACUUUUGGAUGCAGACCGAGUUUCAUGGGGUGAAUCUGGUAGCGUUGCGUGACGCCGCUAUGAAGGAAUACUUCCGGCAGCCGAUCGUCGAUACGUUCGACAUACGCAUCUGCAUGGCCAAAUCAAUCCGCCACACGACGAACUUCCUGACGGCGGACGAGAAGGAUCUGCACCGGAUUCAGAUCGACGUGGAGUUCCACAUUCUGGAGACGGGCACCUGUCACGGGUUAGCGUUCUGGUUCGAUGUUGAGUUUGCUGGCACGUGCUCACAAAUCUGGUUAUCGACUUCGCCAACUGAGCCGUUGACCCACUGGUACCAGGUACGCUGCCUUCUCCAGACGCCCAUCUUUGUGAAGCAGGGUCAAGUCCUCUCCGGGAAGGUAGUGCUGGCGGCUAACCAACGCCAAAGCUAUGACGUGGAAAUCGACCUUAAGCUCGAGGGUACGAUGAUCAGUUCGUCCAAUACGCUCGAUCUGAAGAACCCGUACUUCCGGUACACUGGUGCCCCAGUGCCCGCCCCGCCCGGUUCCAACACCACCUCGCCGAGUGAAGCUUUCUGGAGCCAGCUGGAUGCGCAGGGUGCCCGUAACGCGGUUAAUCUCGUGAAUGGCAUCACGGUGAACGGGCUCGGCGAGGUGGACAUGUCUUCGACGAUCAUCAACACGAACCUGAUGGCGAUCGGUGCGAACGGUGGCGGUGCCAACCAGCCCAACAUCCAUCCGGGUCUUAUCUCGAGCACGGGUCGACAGCAGCAAGCCGCUAACUCGAUCGUUGGCCCCCAGCAACAACAGCAGCAGCAGCAGCAACAGCAACAACAAUCUACAACAGCACAACAGCUUGCGAUGACGCCACCGAUCGGGUGUGCGGCUACCUCAACGCAGAAUGUCGCCCAGCACCAGCUGAUCGGUGGCGCCAUCUCACCGUCACUGUUCACCUCCCCGGCACAACCCAUCCUCAACAGUCAUCAUCAUCAUCCGGGACAACCGAUUCACGGCAACCAGUUCUACUAG